AUGGCUGGACUCCCAAGUCACCAAACGGUGAUCUGCGAAGGGCACGAUCACCGCCUCCGGGUCGAACACAACGCAAGUCUUCCCGCUCUCGGCGCUGGCGAAGUUCUCGUUCGAAACAAAGCAGUGGCUAUCAACCCCUGUGACUACAAGAUGCACGAGCGCUUCCCAUGCGUGGGAGCAAUUGACGGCUGCGACUUCGCCGGAGUCGUGGUCGCAGUCGGGUCCGAUGUGGCCGCGUCGGGGUCAUUCCGAGCCGGGGACCGGGUCUGCGGAGCGGUGCACGGAUCCAACCCUCUCCGACCCGAGUCCGGGUCCUUUGCCGAGUUUAUGGUCUCCGAGUCCGAGUUCACGCUCAAGAUCCAUCCGGAUAUGUCGUUUGAACAUGCAGCGGCGCUUGGUGGGACAGGACUUGCCACGUUAGGCAUGGCGCUGUUCCAUCCGUCGGCACUGGGGUUGCCCCGGACCCCUGGAGCCGAGGAAACAGCCGCAGCAGCCGCAACGGCACCGGCGAAGAUUAAGCGCCAGACGGUCUUGGUGCACGGGGGCAGCUCGUCGGUGGGCACCAUGGCAAUGCAACUGGUCCGCCUGGCUGGGCAUGCACCGAUCGCGACGUGCUCGUCGAGAAACUUUGCGCUGGCCGCGAAGUAUGGCGCAGAGCGAGUCUUCGACUACAACGAUCCCAACUGCGCCCAGGACAUCAAGGCGUACACGCGGAACUCUCUGUCCUACGUCCUCGACCCCUUUACGGACACCCAGAGUAUUGCCCUUGGCUACAAGGCCAUAGGAAGAGCAGGUGGCCGCUAUGCUUGUCUCGAGAUGUAUCCAGACUAUCUCCUGGAGCGCAAAUCAAUCAGGGUAGGCUUCGUCAUGGGACCCGCACUAUUGGGCCACCGACUGGAGCUGGGUUAUGGCUAUGAACGGGAUGCGAAUGCCGAGAUGCGCGCAUUUGGCAUCAAGUGGUAUAGUUUCCUGCAGAAAUUGCUGGAUGAGGGGCAAUUGAGACCACACCCAACUCGGAUUUUGGAAGGGCUGUGGUACGAGGCGGUGCUCGAGGGGAUUGACAUGUUGAAGAGCAAGGCAGUGUCAGGGCAGAAAUUGAUUGUAAUGAUUGAGAGAUCCUAG